AUGAACAAGGUCGAGGAAAAGCAAACCUUCGCUCCCAAGGAAGAAAUCGAGGAGAAGGUUGUCGUCCCCGACAUUGUCGCUGAUGAUGACGACGACGAGGAAGACGAAGAAGAACUCGUCGACCCCAUCGAUACCAUCCGAGAACAGUGCUCUCGAGACGCCGAAUCCAAGGCUCUUCUCGCUGAGCUCCAGGCCUGCACUGAUCGAGUUGAGUCGCGAAACAUGACCGAGGAAACCUGCCAACAGGAGCAAUUCGAUUUCCUCGGCCACCGAGACCACUGCGUCGCCCACCAUAUUUUCAACCACCUCAAGUAA